AAUAGUUUCUUUUUGUCAUAUUAUUCCUAAUGAUCGCAAUCAUUAGAAAACAAAAAGGACAACAUUUAUGUAUAAAAUCCAUUGAUUUUCCAUUUCAUUUUUUUUUUUCAAAACGACAACAAUGACGUUGACAACGAACCUUCGAGGCAUAUAAGCCAUGCUAAAACUUCUCCUAUACAACGUUACGGAAUAGCUUCCUUCUUGGAAACCAAUGAUGGAUAUGGCAGUGUUUCCGAACGUUAGCUCGGAAAAUUGUGUAACAAGUGGCGACUGGAAUUGUACACGUUACAAACUAUGCAACGAAGACACCGACAACAAUAUAUAUCCUGGAAGAAUAAAAAGUUUAGUACACACUUUGUACGUUCCUUUGGGUCUGACACCAAAUGCGUCUACCUAUCUCGAGACACCUUCAGAUGUCAGUGUUAUAUUAUCGGGUGCAUACCUGCCAUUUCAAGACGACUUUUUGAUGGCAGAGAAAAAAAGCUAUCGUCCAUUGUACUUGACAUAUGGAAAGCUUUCCCGUGUUUCCAUCCAGUCACAUUAUGACUUUGGAGAUAUGAUAUGCAGUGCCACGUAUGGAAGCGCUACUGCCGAUCCAACCGCCACUCCUCUUUCGGUGACAGGGGAUCCAUGUUCCUACUGCAUAAUCAAGUUAGCUGUAGAAUACAUUAUGGCAAGCAUUACAGAGGUUUCCGAUAACUCGACACGGCUGUUGAAGCAACUUUAAUAUCAGAAAACGAAACACUUACAGAAAUUACUUCAAUGCUUGUGUUGAGACCAUUGCAGGUAAAUUAACUUUGUUUCAAAUCAAGUCAUUUGCUUUGCUGGAUCCUACAUCUCUUUGUUAACGUCCCUGCAAUGUACAAUCUUGAGAAUUACUGACGGGUUCCUCACGUGAGCCACACUUUAUACACCAGUUCCUCUAAUCGUGGCCAAAUACGCCAUAUGUAUAGUACGUUUGCUGUUAGAAACCCAUUAAGCACUGUGGUCGUCCUCGACACAUCAUAUAUGAUCUUCAUUAAGUUGGUAAACGUUAUCUAUAACAUAUCGAUACGUUUUGGGUAAUUGUAGUAACGUUAUGCAUGCGUUCAACCCGUUAUGAAUACGGUAUGAAUUCACUCAAAAUUUGAUAAAAGGUCAAUCGUUCAGCGUUUUGAUAAUGCGUUGGAAUAAGUUCCCCAAAUCUUGAAGGUUUGAGAGGGUCGCCUCGCCAAUGCAAGUAUCAGAUUUCAUUAUCGAGAAGAUAAUACAGAGUGGAGCAUUUUCUCAAUCUACGGUUGUCUUACAUUGCAGCAUUUAACCAACAUAUCUAACUUCUCCACGAAUAUCCAAGACGUCGUUGAUUUCACAGCGAGUAGUGUAAGAACAUUCCGCCUACAGGCUACAUUUGGAAAUCCUUUAUCCGCGUACAAAUUAGUAUUUAAUAGCACUAGUCCACUCCUCGGGAUUGCUACGGUACGUGUUGUCUCUGUUGGAGAUCACUUCACAGAUAUCAUAGCAACAAACAAUGGCAACAGUGAAGAUGACGACUUGUUUUGUAAGGAAGGGCCAGAUACUCGAGUAAGAGAUUUUGGUUACCUGCCAAACAAAGGUAAAUUGAAUUUGAAUUGUAAUUGUGCUACAAAUUGCUUUCUUGAAUAAACCUAAUUACUUUAACAUAUUGUUUGAAUGCGAAACUACAGUUAGCAUUUUCAUAUUGAUUUUGUAUCAAUUUAAAAAUGAAAAAGGUUGACAUGAGCUAUGAAGCAAAUCCCAUUUAAAUAUAAAGGAUCGCAGUAGCUCGGGAUAGCAUUCGGCAUUUACAACAACGAAACUUCAGUCGUAUACUUGAGGUGCGACGUUUGCCAAUUUGCGUUCCCGGGAAGCUAUAAUCAGUGACGCCCAGGAGGCUGUAGUCAGGGACGUCUGUGAAGAUGUUUUCUUCUUUUAUGAUAUUAUCGUAAUUACUAUAAUAACCAUUUUAUACCGCUCGGAAAGAGAAAUCUUCUUUUUAGCUCGAUC